GGAGACCGUCACCGUCUGUACAAAAACGCCUCCGCUCCGACUCACUCUCACUUUUCUGCAGCUUUACGCGCGCUCCGCCGGGCCCCCGAAGCUCUCCUGCGCAGCGCACUUCGGACAGCCUCGAUCGAGACAGCCAUGGCGGUGCUGGUUACAAACGAGGUGUUCUCCUGUUUCGUGUUCUACGCCGUGCUGCUGGUGAUGAAAAUGUUCAUCAUGGCGAUCAUCACGGGGCAAGUGAGGCUGCGUAAAAAGGCUUUUGCCAACCCCGAGGACGCGCUGAGACACGGAGGUUUACAGUACCACAGAGAGGAUCCAUAUGUGGAGAGGUGCCGGAGAGCCCAUAUUAAUGACAUGGAGAACAUCCUCCCCUUCCUCUUCCUGGGUGCCAUUUACUCCCUGACUGGCCCUUCACUGGCGGUGGCCCGCCUUCACUUCCUCGUCUUCUUCGUGUGCCGCGUGCUGCACAGCAUUGCCUACCUGUGCGCCCUACGAGCACCAACCCGCUCCAUGGCCUACACCUUCGCACAGAUACCUUGCGUCUCCAUGGCUCUGCAGAUUCUCAUGGCAGUCGCGGCGUACGCCUAAAUAUCCAGAGGAACAGAGGGACUGUGGAGGUGGCGCUCCGCAGGAGAUGUUGGUCACCAUAUUUGGCCUGGUGUCAUUUGAAAAACGAUAAAAAAAAGAUAAAGCAGGCGGUUGAUACUGAAAGGACUCAUGGGAGGGAGUACGCGCGAGGGACGAGAAUGUCAGCGAGAGUGCAAUAUACUGCAAGGUGUGUGUGUGUGUGUGUGUGCGUGCGUGUGCGCAUGCGCGUGAUCUGCUGCGACUGGGUUUUUUGUGAGAUUUUGUCAGUAUUUUUCUUUGUUUUAUUCACAAACGUCAGAAUGUCUGAAAAGUUCAUUGAAGUAGAGAUUAUGUACUGUACUCGUCGUGUAUUUAAAAUGCAAAUUGAAGGUUCUUGCUCAUUGUGUUCUUUUUUAACCAGGUUUCGCUGAAGUGAUGCUAGAAUUUAAAAGUCACUGACGGAUAUUUGGCUCAAGCUAGUUGGGAGGAUUUUCCAGCUCUGCACUGGACAGUAUGUUGAUCCCCCCCCCCCCCCCCCCCCCCUUUUUCUUUGGUGUUUACGCACAACACAGACCACCAUUCAUGUGGAUCUGUUUCCUGUGUGGAUAUUCCAUCUGUUGUGUUAACAUUUGUCUGCAUUGCUACAUUCAACAAAAGCCUAAUGGAUCCUGGCACGGUGACUGAUGAUGACGACGUGUUGAAAGAUUGUAAUGCCACACUCAGUAGAACACAAGAGAAAUGCUUUUACUGUGAGAGUUAAAAACUGUCUCUUAAGGGCCUUCUGGGGGGGGCCCUUAAGAGGACCGUUGCACGGUUAGGACUGAGAAAUCAAUUUUACAACGACCUGCAGAGAAAAAAGAGUGGAUGGACGUGUUCUGAUGUGUGAUACUGUAAUCUUCUGUGAAAAACAAGUAUUGUAUUAAUAAUAAUAAUUUAUUCAGUAAGCAUUUUGUAGGCAAUAAAACAAAUCAAGCUGA